AUGGCCUUCUACGAUUCGAGUGGGAGCGAGGACGAGUUUCACUCCAUGUCUGUGUCAGGCGACGAGCCUGACGCCGAUGACGAAGCAAUGCCCUUCCACGAUGCCGAUUUCGACGCCGAAUCGCUCGUGGACAUGACACCGCCCACGCACCCCUUUCCCUCUCUCCAGGCUGCCUUCGAGGAGUCCAUCGUCGAGGCAGCCGAGGCGGACGCCGAUUACGAAUUCGAUUCCGACCAGCAGUACAACGCAGAGAUGAGACGACGCGAGUUGCUUGCCGCCAAGCGGUACGAGGACGCCAAGCGCAUUACAAGAUGGAAGCAGAACCAGCGUCGAGGGAAUCACCAUCCAUACCAAAAGCUCAUUUCUCAGAUCGUCUUCGGGAUGCACUUGUUGCAGCAGAGACAAGCGAAGAGCAACGAAGAAGUGGCCAAGAUCUUGCAGAGUCAUGUCAACCAGGUCGAUGCCUUCCUCGAGCGCACUUCCGACGACUUCGAGCUGGCCAUUGGUGAUGUUCAGGAGCGUAUCCGCUACCUCCGGCUGCCAAUGCAACACAUGGACGUGUUCCAGACGAUGCUGGACGAGAAGCAAUUCCGGUCAGAUCUUCUCAAGGGCAACGAGAAGAUUGAGAAGAUUUUCGGCAGAACCAUCAAGGCGCUGAACGAUGCUCUUCACGACGUUCAAUGUGGCUUGAGGUCCACACAAGAGUUGCGUCAGUACCUCAACGGCGUCGAGCGCCAUUGGCCAUCUGGCGACGCUGGGAUUGCCAAAGUCUUCGCUGCCAUGCGAGGAAAUGAGCAAGGCUGGAUGGAGUUCCUCAAAGAACUUGUAGUGCAAGGCCAGACUCUCCAAAACGAGCUAGUGGAAUUGAACAACGUGAGCAGUGAAAUCUCCAAGCUGGCUGGUGAGGCAAGUCGACGUAAUAUGGAGCCAACCCGUACUCUAUCGCCGACGGAAUCAAGCCGAUCGGGGAAGGCCUCAACCGCACGUCGCUCGAAAUACGCAAAGGAGAGCUCGGUCCCUCGUAAGCCUGGGCCAUGGGUCGACAAGCCGCUACCCAAGGAGCCGGACAGCAGAACCGGUGCAGUCCACGUUGCAAUCGCCAAACCACAUCCUGUGCCUUUUGAGACCCGCUUUGAGAGACCCCGGGAACAAGCUCCUGUUCCGGGCUCACAAAAUCCUUCCAGUCUGACGAAAACGCCAACCAAAUCUACGGUACAGAACAGCGUAAUGCAAGCAGCGAGAGAAGACCCGAGGGACCGACCAGGCUAUCUGCGCGAAUCUGGUCCGCUGCGAAGUAAUCCUCCCGAUCGAUAUGAGGAUGGCGCCCCAAGAUCACAUACUCGGAAUUCAGCGCAUUCGCACAGUCGGAGUACUAGUGACAUGCUCAAAGCCCAUCCCAAAACGUCCACCAAGUCUCGCUUCAGUCGGUCUAGGAGCCAAGGGACCAAUGCAAUCGCCAAAUCCCCCAGCAUCUCAAUACCACGAAAGCGCAUAGGCACGGAGGUGGACCGGUCCCAAACCGAAAUCAAACUCGUUCCCAAAUCUGUAAGAUCGACCGAGGAGGAUAGGAAAGGACUGUCAUCUAUCAACACUGGCUUCUCCAGACGACUGUCGGGGAAGCUCAAGACUUUUUCGCCGCGCAUCAAGAGCACGCCGAGGCAGGACGUAGUACCAAAACCAAUUGACUCUGGUUACUCAGUGGAGCGUAAGCGCAGCACUUCAUCCCCGACAGACUACACGGAGGACCGCGAGAGGGAGCUUACGAGUGGGCGUCGGCAGGACGCGUAUCUUGACCCGAAGAACGACAGCAAAGGCAACAAUGCCGACAAGUCACUUUCAGGCUCUCGACUCGGGCUGUUUCCAAAGACUACUGGGCCGUUGACGCCCUCACAAGCCAGCCAGCAGAGCAAGGAGUACCUUUCCAGUCCCAACUCCAAAACCUACGAUUCGUCCGUCACCAAUUCGCCCAGGACGAUGGAAUCGAGCAAAACGUCACGCACGCUGAGCAUAAGGAAACUCUUCAGUCGAAAGGGAGACGGCUCAAGCGUCCUGGCAGUGUAG